AUGCUAGAUAAGAAUAAACAUCAAAAGGAGACACCAAAGACGACAAACUCCUCAGGGGAUAUCAAAGACAACGCAGAGUCAGGGAAAGACAUCAAAGACAACGCAGAGUCAGGGAAAGACAUCAAAGACAACACAGAGUCAGGGAAAGACAUCAAAGACAACACAGAGUCAGGGAAAGACAUCAAAGACAACGCAGAGUCAGGGAAAGACAUCAAAGACAACACAGAGUCAGGAAAAGACAACGCAGAGUCAAGGAAAGACAUCAAAGACAACACAGAGUCAGGGAAAGACAUCAAAGACAACGCAGAGUCAGGGAAAGACAUCAAAGACAACACAGAGUCAGGGAAAGACAUCAAAGACAACACAGAGUCAGGAAAAGACAACGCAGAGUCAGGGAAAGACACCAAAGACACAAAAAAGAGUCAGGGAAAGACAUCAAAGACAACGCAAAGUCAGGGAAAGACAUCAAAGACAACGCAAAGUCAGGGAAGACAUCAAAGACAACGCAGAGUCAGGGAAAGAUACCAAAGACACAAAAAAGAGUCAGGGAAAGACAUCAAAGACAACGCAGAGUCAGGGAAAGACAUCAAAGACAACGCAAAGUCAGGGAAAGACAUCAAAGACAACGCAAAGUCAGGGAAGACAUCAAAGACAACGCAGAGUCAGGGAAAGAUACCAAAGACACAAAAAAGAAGUCAGGGAAAGACAUCAAAGACAACGCAAAGUCAGGGAAGACAUCAAAGACAACGCAGAGUCAGGGAAAGAUACCAAAGACACAAAAAAGAGUCAGGGAAAGACAUCAAAGACAACGCAGAGUCAGGAAAAGACACCAAAAACAACGCAGAGUCAGGGAAAGACAUCAAAGACAACUCAGAGUCAGGGAAAGAUACCAAAGACACAAAAAAGAGUCAGGGAAAGACACCAAAGACAACGCAGAGUCAGGGAAAGACAUCAAAGACAACGCAGAGUCAGGGAAAGACACCAAAGACACAAAAAAGAGUCAGGGAAAGACAUCAAAGACAACGCAGAGUCAGGGAAAGACACCAAAGACAACGCAGUCACGGAAAGACAUCUAAGACAAUUCAGAGUCAGGGAAAGACACCAAAGACAAUACAGAGUCAGGGAAAGACACCAAAGACAAUACAGAGUCAGGGAAAGACAUCAAAGACAACGCAGAGUCAGGGAAAGACACCAAAGACAAUACAGAGUCAGGGAAAGACACCAAAGACAACGCAAAAGUCGGGAAAGACACCAAAGACAACGCAGAGUCAGGGAAAGACAACGCAGAGUCAGGGAAAGUCACCAAAGACAACGCAGAGUCAGGGAAAGACAUCAAAGACAACGCAGAGUCAGGGAAAGAUACCAAAGACAACGCAGAGUCAGGGAAAGGCACCAAAGACAACGCAGAGUCAGGGAAAGGCACCAAAGACAACGCAGAGUCAGGGAAAGGCACCAAAGACAACGCAGAGUCAGGGAAAGGCACCAAAGACAACGCAGAGUCAUUCAAGCCCGGCACAGAACAGAUGA